UCUGCGUGGCUACCAAGGAGUGAUACCCGAAUCCUGGUCCAGAGCCUUUAGGAACAAGGAGAACCUGAAAAACACCAAAAAGCUUGCCUUCUACUUCGGCACGGAUGAGUCUCUGCCCCAACAAGCUGUUGAUUUCGUAGCCUACGCUAUUUCCCAAAUCCCGAAGGACCAGCUGUAGGAAUUACAUUGCACAUUCGGAAAAUUAUCAAGACACCCCGAGAAGCUUGUGACUAUCCUCAGGAAGGAACAGCGCAAUCUUUGCAACUUGUCGAUAUUCCUCAGUGACCCAGGCAUGACUCCUUACAUAAUCACGAUAAUAUCCUCUCCAUCGAACUACUUUAAGAAGGUCACCACCCUCGAGCUCGGAGGACAACCUAGGGAGUCAUUUGACAUCAGAAACCUUAACAAUUUUUUGCUCAAUGGAGUACCUUUGCCCGAGAGGUUGCACCUGUCAUGUAUCCGUCUUCCUUGGUUCCUUAUCAACAUAGUGCCGAGACUUAAGUUGUCCGAACUCACAUUCUACAAGACUGUCAUCAAACCGACGACACUGUCAAUGCUGAUCAACAUAUCAGCUUUGAAGGUCCUAAAGAUUUCGGAAUGUGGAAUUGAAACCAAGCGGCUGAUUACCUGUUUGACGUUGAGGGAUCCUACUACGCCGCUCACUUUAAAGACUCUGAUGGUAGAAGCAAGGAUUUUGUCGGAUGACGACAAUUUAGCCGAAGCUUUGGACCGUCUCCUGCUGAGUUUCGACACACUUGAGGAAUUAAAGAUAAAACUCAGGUGUUCUGAAAUCGUGGUAGACCUUCCACAGGUUGCGGGAAUUAAGAAUCAUUCGGCUCAGCUAAAGCGCUGUCUGGUCUCUGUCAUAAGGGAAGACACUCAGCACCCAGUGUACUUCACUCGGAACCAAAUCCAGGAAAUCGUUUUGCACUGCCAAAAGUUGACGCAAUUCGGGGUUGAUCUGCCAAAUAUCAACUACAUGGAUUUUCGCGGAGCAGACUACUGGAACAAUCCCGGAUGGUUAAGAUACCGAUCUUUUCUGGUAAGUAUUAAUGAUAACCGCAUACUUGACAUCGUUUUUGCUUUUGCUACUUGCUUUUGCUACUUUGGUUUACUUCACGCAGAAAACGAUAGCCCUCUUGCCACUCCUAGAGACACUCUGGAUUCUUACGGCACCCACCAAGUAUUCGCGUCAAGACAUCGACAUCCGCGGUACUAACACAGCCCCGGAAGCUUAUACUGGGCUGCGCGUCCAAGCCUACAAGGCUCAGAUUGAUGCAUCCGCUUCUGGUGGGGCAUUCGCAGACAACAUUGUCGAGCAAUGCGUGUACCACCUCGCCGCUAGGAUCUUUGCAGAGCUCCACGCCUCGGAUACUGUCGAAGUCAUUGCCAUUGGUAACUACCAUUUAUGGGAAGACGGCGAUAUACUUCUAAACUGCCCG